AUGGAAUCGAACGCUUCUGAGACUUCAACUUCUAAUAGAGCGACAAGAUUUAUGAUGGAAGCUGUAGGAACGCGUGUAAUAAGAGGGCCCGAUUGGAAAUGGGGCAAGCAGGAUGGUGGAGAAGGCCACGUGGGUUCUGUACGUAAUUUUGAGUCUCCAGAAGAAGUUGUUGUAGUGUGGGAUAAUGGAACUGUAGCUAAUUAUCGGUGCUCAGGUGCAUAUGACCUACGGAUCCUUGAUAGUGCUCCUACUGGUGUCAAACAUGAUGGUACUAUGUGUGAUACUUGCCGCCAACAACCAAUCUUUGGUAUUCGCUGGAAGUGUGCUGAGUGUGUUAAUUAUGACUUAUGUUCAAUUUGUUAUCAUGGAGAUAAACACAACCUCAGACAUCGAUUCUAUCGGAUAAGUGCACCAGGAGCAGAGAGAUGUCUAGUUGAACCUAGAAGGAAGAGCAAAAAACAAGUAGUCCGUGGUAUUGUCCCUGGAGCUAGGGUUGUGAGAGGGGUUGACUGGCAGUGGGAAGACCAAGAUGGUGGGAAUGGGAGAAGGGGUAAAGUCAAUGAAAUUCAGGAUUGGUCUGCAGCCAGUCCCCGUUCAGCAGCUUAUGUAGUUUGGGAUAAUGGAACUAAGAACCUUUAUAGAGUUGGGUUUCAGGGUGUGGCUGAUUUGAAAGUUGUGAAUGAUGCAAAAGGUCAACAUGUGUAUAAGGAGCAUCUUCCACUAUUGGGAGAGGUUAGACCUGGGACCACUGGUCCUCAUGCACUUCAAAUGGGUGAUCAGGUAACAAUCAAUUUGGAUUUGGAGAUUGUAAGAUCCCUCCAAGUUGGUCAUGGUGGCUGGAUAGAUGCCAUGUUGGAGAGUCUUAAUACUACAGGAACUGUUGUAUGCAUUGAUGAAGACCGCGACAUAGUUGUUGCUUACCCAAGUGGGAACCGAUGGACGUUCAAUAUUGCCGUCUUGACCAAGGUGAGCAGUGCAAGUGGAAGUGGCACCGCAAGUCCCUCUAGUGGGAAUACAUUUGCGGUAGGUGAUAUUGUGCAAAUAUGCUCUGAUAAGGAGAGAGUUAAGGCUUUGCAGCGAGGUCAUGGUGAAUGGGCUGAGACUAUGGACUUUACCCUGGGUAAAGUGGGACGGGUCCAGCAGAUCUAUCAUGACAAUGACCUGAAAGUGGAAGUGUGCAAUAUGACGUGGACAUACAAUCCCAGUGCUGUUACCAAAAUUGCAUCUGCAAAUGGCGGUUUGUCUGACGUAUCUCCUGGUGUGCGUCUCUCGAUGAUGCUUAAACGUCUUUUUGAGUGUCAUGGCAGUGCUAAUGAAGAACUGGUUAAGGCGGCCGCAAAUGGAGAUGCUGCUCGGUGUGCUGAUAUUCUUGGUGGUUCUGAUGAUGCUGAUGUUAAUGGGGUUUCAGCGGGACAUACUGCCUUGCAGGCAGCAGCUCAGAACGGUCACGUAGAAGUGAUUAAAAAACUAAUCGAAGCUGGAGCUGAUGCGGAUGCUGAAGAUCGGGAUGGUGAUAGGGCAGCUCAUCAUGCCGCUUUUGGGGAUGAACCCGGCGCCUUGAGAGCCUUAGCCGCUGCUGGGGCUGAUCUCAACGCGCGGAACAGAAGUGGGCAGACCCCUUUACAUAUGGCAGUAAAUAGGGGUCAUCUUGGAGUGGUCAGGACUUUAUUACAGCUAGGCGUACAUCCGAGCUUGCAGGAUGCCGCGAUGCUGACGUUGCAUUUAAAGGAGGAUCGUGACCGUCUCAGCAUUACUGGGCUCUGCUUCAGAUUUGUUCCCCGUCUCGUCUCAAGCGUCUUAUUGAAAUCUAAUUUUCGCUAA